AUGCCGUCGUCCCAAGACAGCGAGGCAAAGAAAUCAUUGAUGAAAGUUAAACGAGGAACAAGCGUUGAGAGCAGUGAUGAUGAAAGUUAUACUACAACAUCCUCAAGCUCUCUCGAUUCAGAAAUUGAAAACAAUUAUGCAGCCAACACUUCGACCAGUCAUUUAACGACCACUCAUCGAUCAGGAAGCGCCUUGGAUGACUCUGGUUAUUCAAGCAAUUCAUCGUUUACGAUAUCGUCAUCGACGACUACUCCGUAUGACAUCAAUAAGGGAUCAUCUCCAAAGAAGCCUUCGAGCAAGAAUCAUACCACUUCCAACAAUGUAUUUUCAAGUAACAAUACUUUGGAGAAGGGACAACAUCAUAUUCAUCGUCAUUUUCAUCAUUAUGCUGAUUCUUCGCUGCAAUCAAAAGGAAAUGAUUCUUCACUCACAUCCAAACUUAAUAGCAAUAUGGACUCCAUCUCAUCUUCUUCAUUGUCGUCUUCGAAACGAGGAGGAAUGAACAGUGUCUCUUCAAGUACUACCACUACUGCAAGUACUAUAUUAAAUCCAACAGUGCCAUCUCCCAAUGUUCAAGUUGAUUUGAAUGCAUCCACUACGAAUAGUAAGGCAAUACUCUCAGCAUUGCAAUCACUUCAAGAUAAGAUUAAAACUCUACAAACCAAGAAUGAUGAACUCGAGAGAGAAAAAGUAGAACAAAGAAAUAGAUAUGAACAUGAAAUAUUCUCAAUGAAGAUGAAAUUGGAGAGUGAAAGAGACUCGUACAAAGAUCAAUUAGAAAUUACAAGAAAUGAGUUGAGAAAAGUGACUGAAAAACUCUCAGAAAAUGAAAAAGAAUUAGAAUCUACAAAGGAAGCAAGAAGAGAUCUCACUCUUGCCAAUAACAAGUCUCAACAACGAACACUUGAAUUGGAACGAAAAUCAAAUCAACUCGAAAAAGACUUGCUAGAUUUAAGAGAAAGUCAUUCUAGGUUAAACACUUUGUAUGAACAAUCUUCGAACAAGAUUGAAGAGUUACAAUCCAAUCUCGUGAAAAUGCAUCGAAGAAAAGACAGAGCUGAAUCUGAGAGAAAGGAAUUAGAUGCUGCUUUGAAAGAAAUGAUUGAUCUUCAUCAACAAUUUGUGAGUCAAACCAUGAUGAAUCAUGAAGCAAGUCAUGGUACGACGAUGCAACCAAACGCUUUUCAACCCAUUCCAUCGUCAAGUCCUCCACCUCAUCAACCACCACUCUCUCCAACAGGUGACAAGAAGAAGAAGAAACAAUCAAGACCAAAAUCAGCAGGAUAUCUACAACCUACUCUAGUUUCAAAGAAAAAGAAGAGAGAAAUUCCAAAGAAGGGUGUGACUGUGUCAUGUUCAAACCCACAAAUACCUCAAGUGCAACAACAACAAGUACCAAAUAUGUUAAUGUCAUCCACCUCUGGAAAUGUGUUAUCAAAAUUAUCAGCCAAUAAGACCAUUCAUGAACGCCUUAAAAAGUCCAAUAAUAAUUUAACACCUCCAUUUCUUCCAAACAGCUUUAAAAGCGACUCUAGGACCUAUCACAUUGCUGGACAAGCUCAAAAUUUACUAAGCACAACACUAGGAGUAGGGAAAAAGGAUCAAACCAAUUAUUAUGGUGCAAAUGAACACAGUCAAGAUAAAGAACAUGUACAAUUAAUCAAAGAAGUUGAUGCUUGUAAUAAUGGAGAUGAAGUGAAAGAUUGUAUUGUUCAAUUAGAAGCAGAAUAUCAACAAUUCCAAGAACAAUACAAGAUUUAUUUAAACAAAAUGGCAGAUCCAGAGAGUAAUCUUGAUUUUAUUAAGGAUCAAUUGAAAUACUUGACAGAUGCAAUGGAACGAAAGAAUCGACAAAUUAAUUCUUUAAAGAAUUAUCAAGUCUUUGUUUGUGAGAGAAUUCGAGAGGCAACCUCACCUCCAAGAAUAAGAGGAACUGAAAAGAGAGUUCAAGCGCUGCGUCUUUUCAAUGAUUUACGUAAAUUACAACAAGAAACAUCACUAGCAAAUCAAUGA